GACAGGCACCGAGGGUCAGGCUCAUAAGCUGCUGGGGUCGUUUCUGUUUCCGACGGGACAUGCUUCUGCAGGAUGGGACCGACGGAGGUGCACAUUGGCCAACACACAACUUUUAUUCUGUCUCCCUGCACACUGGAAAAAAGUCAUGUGACCUCCAUGAGUCCAGUGCGAAGGUUCAAGCAGAGGCUGAUCUGCUGGGAUUAGCCUCUACAGCCGGCACACUGACCACACACACAACACACACUCACCGAUGGCCACGGUCUGCAAACAUCAGGUCACCAACAGUCCCUCUGUGUGACAAACACACAACCCACAUUUGGAACCAUGGCGUCUGGAGAGGAAGAGCUGACCUGUUCUGUGUGCCGAGACUCCUUCAGCCAAGCCCACCCACUGCCCUGCGGUCACAGCUUCUGCCCCACCUGCAUUCGUGAGGCCUGGAGCGCCCAGGACGAGGAGAAAGCUCGCUUCACCUGCCCGCAGUGUCAGGAGGAGCAUGGCGAGGUGCUGUGUGACUGCUGCCCUUCUGAUGCAGAGGGAGGACAGCAUCCGUUAGCUGUCAAGACCUGCCUGAAGUGUGAAGUGUCACUGUGUGCCCAACACCUUCAGCCCCAUCUGGAGAGGCCGGCAUUUAGCAAACACCUGUUGGUGGACCCGCUGAUGGACCUCUCCCAGAGACGAUGUCAGACUCACUCAGAAAUAUUACGCUACUACUGUGCGGACGAGAGGGUGUAUGUGUGUGGAGACUGUCUGCUGGAUGGAGGCCACGCUCAGCACAAAGUGAAGGCACUGAGACAGGUGGAGGAGGAUCUGAAGGUCAUUCUCCAAACACUGCUUAGAAAAUCAGAGGAAAAAUUGAGAGAAGGAGAGCGAAUCCUGAGAGAGCAUGAGAACAUUGAUAACACCAUGACUGACUCUGUGAAGCAGGAAGACACCCAGGUGGAGCGGCUGGGAUCAGACCUGCAGGUCCAGGUGAGGAAGCUGGUGAUGGCUCUGAGGGAGAUCACCAAGAGGGAGAGACAGCAGGUGAUGGAACGAGUGAACGAGGACUGCUCUAAGGUGAGGGAGGACAUGAGCCAAGCGUUGAACAUCCAGCACUACCUGUCCUCUCUGCUGGCCGAGCCCGACCCUUUCCUGCUCAUCUGGGCCUUUCAAUCAGACGACACAAAACUUCUAGAGGACCUGAGCACCCCUCUCUUCACCCCUGAUGCCGUCAGUCUGGACAGGAAACACAUCUUGGAAGACAUAGAGAGCAAGUACCGAGAGUUCAUCACCGCCACCCUCCGCUGCCUCAGUGACCUCAAACGUGAGCUCUUGACGAGUCCUCUGACUCUGGACACAAACACAGCUCAUCCUCUGUUGAGCAUCUCUGAUGACCUCCGCUCAGUGACGCGGGUGAAGAGCCGUCUCCCCUGUGCUGCUCACCCCGAACGUUUCGACCACUGGCCACAGGUCCUCACCGCUCAGACCUUCUCCUCUGGAACUCACUACUGGGAACUGGAGGCUGAGGGAUUCUGGGAUAUCGGCGUCUGCUACAGAAGUAUUGGGCGGAAGGGGAAAGAGGGCAAUGCCUUUGGAAACAAUAAGGUGUCCUGGAGUCUGACUCAGCAGCACGACAGGAAGCUGGCUGCCUGGCACAACCGCAAAAAGACCCGCCUCACCUACCAAAUGACUGGUAACCGAGUCGCCGUGGCCAUGGACUACGGCACAGGCACCAUCACCUUCUCUGAGAUUGGUCCGUCCAACAACCUCAUCCACAUUCACACCUUCUCCACCACCUUCACUCAGCCGGCCUGUCUGGGCUUUGGACUCUACAAAGCUGAGCUCAACAGCCGCAUAUUGAUCGUCAAAGUCUGAGGAGGAGGAGAAAAAAGAGGAGGACAGCUAUAAAGUCAUGUCAUGAGAGGGUGGCGUGGAUUUAUUUCUCCAUGCUCUGAAAGAGUCAAAUAGAGAGAACGAGAAAAUACACUGUCUCCUGAAACAACACUUUCAGACUGUUUCCAACUUUUUAUUCAACUCUGAUUUAAAUUCCAGCAAACAGGUCACUGAAAGCUAUACAACCACUGUAAAGAAAGUGUAAAUGUAGUUUAGUUUAGAUGCCAGGUUUAAUUUUUGUCUUCAAGUUUUACAAGAUUAUUUUUUUAAGCAUCACUGGUCUACCUCAGUUUGUCUGAAAGCUCAUGUGUUAAUGCUGCAUCAUGUUUUUAGACAUAAUGUGUACAUUCAUCCGGCUCUUUAAGAUCUCAUAUACACAGGAGAACAACAAAAUGAUAUAUUUAAAGAGAAAUGUGUGCAUUUA